GUGUUGGGAAGCAGGACGGGAAAUACACUAGUUAUGUUAAAAUCCCAGCGCAAAGCGUCCUUGAACAGAAAACAUAUCAAUUAUUUUUAGAGAUGAGAUCAGAUGCUUUCAUUUAUCCAAAAAAUUUAAAUUUUGUUUCGAUUACAGCAGCACACUUUUUCUUCAGGUUUGGAAAAUUUGUCAAGAUUUUUUUUUUGUUCUCCAAAAGGCGUUUGGUAAAACAAUGUGUUAUCAAUGUGUUAUCAAUGUGUUAUCAAUGUGUUAUCAAUGUGUUAUCAAUGUGUUAUCAAUGUGUUAUCAAUAUGUUAUGAAUGUAUUAUCAAUGUGUUAUCAAUGUGUUAUCAAUGUGUUAUCAAUGUGUUAUCAUUGUGUUAUCAAUGUGUUAACAAUGUGUUAUCAAUGUGUUAUCAAUGUGUUAUCAAUGUGUUAUCAAUGUGUUAUCAAAAUGUUAUCAAUGUGUUAUCAAUGUGUUAUCAAUGUGUUAUCAAUGUGUUAUCAAUGUGUUAUCAAUGUGUUAUCAAUGUGUUAUCAAUGUGAUAUCAAUGUGUUAACAAUGUGUUAUCAAUGUGUUAUCAAUGUGUUAUCAAUGUGUUAUCAAUGUGUUAUCAAUGUGUUAUCAAUGUGUUAUCAAUGUGUAAUCAAUGUGUUAACAAUGUGUUAUCAAUGUGUUAUCAAUGUGUUAUCAAUGUGUUAUCAAUGUGUUAUCAAUGUGUUAACAAUGUGUUAUCAAUGUGUUAUCAAUGUGUUAACAAUGUUUUAACAAUGUGUUAUCAAUGUGUUAUCAAUGUGUUAUCAAUGUGUUAUCAAUGUGUUAUCAAUGUGUUAUCAAUGUUUUAUCAAUGUGAUAUCAAUGUGUUAACAAUGUGUUAUCAAUGUGUUAUCAAUGUGUUAUCAAUGUGUUAUCAAUGUGUUAACAAUGUGUUAUCAAUGUGUUAUCAAUGUGUUAUCAAUGUGUUAUCAAUGUGUUAUCAAUGUGUUAUCAAUGUGUUAUCAAUGUGUUAUCAAUGUGUUAUCAAUGUGUUAUCAAUGUGUUAUCAAUGUGUUAUCAAUGUGUUAUCAAUGUGUUAUCAAUGUGUUAGGGCCUGGAGUGUACGUUGGCAUUUUGAACAGAGCCUCGGCAUAUGUUUAUUUUUUUUGUGGAUAAAAAUUAUAAUGUCUGUAGCCCACUUGUCAUUGGGUUGGUUGUUUUGAUCACGUCGUUGUUGACAAUAUGGGGGGUACUUUUGUUUCCAUUAUGGCGGAUGUGAAUCUCUGUUGGUUUAUGUCCACACACACACACACACACACACACAAAUCCAUUUAAGCGAUGUUCCCUCGCACAUUUUAAACAUUUACAACUCCUUGGUUCCUUCAAUACAGUGUGUGGAUUUUUAUAGAAAACAAAUGUUUGCUUGUUUAUUUGUUCGGCCUCAAAGUCAUGCGUGGGGUGUUCCACUAUUUUUUUUUUUCUAUUAUUUUGUUUGCUCCUUAGGUGGCCAAAUCUCUGUGUUGCCGGGAAGCGAAGCACAUCAAACUAAAAUGGAGAUAAAUCUACAUUAACUAUGCUUCAAGCUUUCCAAUUGUCCCCUCUCAUGACUAACACUUUAAAAAAUACAUUUCGCGUCCAGGUGCCUAUUCUGGCAGUGGCUUUGUCUCGACUCGUUGAUCGUGACAUCACGUGGUACACUACAGACGGCACACAAAUGUUUUAAUAUCUUGGUUUCUUUUAAAUAUGUUCGGAUUAUCAGCCUUUAUUUUAUUCUGUGUUAGUAUUCAAUUCAUUAGUUGCCUGGCAUGAUGCUAAUAAAGAAGGCUUAGCAGAAUUCGAGCUAAUGUCCUGCCUGCAAUGUAGAGCAAACAGAUGUCGCGAUGGUUGUCACGGGAUUGGCUGUCGUCUUCACGCUUAUGCAAGUGAGCGAUGGAUGCGUCCAUGAAAUCAUGUGGUAUCAACUCUUGCUGCAACAAAAGUGGAAACAGCUGGUGACGCCUUUUGGUCAGGGCUGCUCAACCUUCCUUGUGUAUGUCAGUAGGGAUGGAGUAAUCAUAUUGCUUGCUGCAUCUCGGUUAAGAGAGAUAGAGAGAGAGAUGGGGGGGGGGGAAGGGGUUUACAUUCCUUGAUUGAGAAGGGUAUGCUGCCAGAAAGGCAAUGCGGUUUGCCCNAAUGUCCUGCCUGCAAUGUAGAGCAAACAGAUGUCGCGAUGGUUGUCACGGGAUUGGCUGUCGUCUUCACGCUUAUGCAAGUGAGCGAUGGAUGCGUCCAUGAAAUCAUGUGGUAUCAACUCUUGCUGCAACAAAAGUGGAAACAGCUGGUGACGCCUUUUGGUCAGGGCUGCUCAACCUUCCUUGUGUAUGUCAGUAGGGAUGGAGUAAUCAUAUUGCUUGCUGCAUCUCGGUUAAGAGAGAUAGAGAGAGAGAUGGGGGGGGGGGAAGGGGUUUACAUUCCUUGAUUGAGAAGAGUAUGCUGCCAGAAAGGCAAUGCGGUUUGCCCCGAAGAACGCGACACUAUCGAUGUGGUGUUCGUGGCCGGACAGCUUCAGGAAAAGUUGUCAGGAGCAGAAUGUCAACAUCCUCUCCAUCUGUUUAGAAACGAACAAGACAUUCGACACUGUCAUUGGGAGAAUGUCAGUACCUGGAUUUGUUCCAUCUGCCCCCCUGCACCUCCAUCACGAGAACGCUACUUGCAGAGUUGGCCUGAUUUUUUUAUUUGCGCACCCACAGACAGAUUCAGCCCCAGCGCCAAUCGGAUGUUUAUAAUGGGCAUGAUCGAUUUUUCGACCGACGAACUAACACAUUUGAUUGACGAUAAUUAAAGUUAAAAUUUUUCAAUAUGUAUUUUAUCUUAAUAUGUUCCGGUAAUGUUAUGUGUCUAGUUCUUACCCUUCUAUUGGCCUACAGCUCCACUCCUGGCAGACAAGAUGUUUCUCCUAACUCUAUUGUGUUCAAGUGUGCUCCUGCUUACGUCACCCGUUGAAGGUUAGCUCAGUUGUGUUUUAAAUAUGUUGUAAGGUCAAAGGAUACUGUCAAACAGUAGAGCUUUUAAUUGUUUCUAUAACAUGGAUUUAUCACGAUAUUUUACGAUUUGUUAGGAGAAUUUGUGCGCGUAUUUUAUGAUGUGUUGUGAAGAGAAACAUUCCCGUUAGGAUUGAUUGGUAAAAUCGCCAUCACAACGUCACGAUUACGUAUCAACGGAAAAAAAAAAAACACCCUAAUUUAAAUUUUCAAGAUAAGGAACCCAAAUGCUUAUCGUUAUCACACAAUAUCCUUGAAAUUCUUAUAUUUUGUGAUUUAACAGAUUCUGACCUAAAGAAAAUGUUAUGCCAGUCAUUAUAAUUUUUAUAUUAUUUAAUGUUUAAGCUCUAUAAUCUAUAAAAAAGAUGUUCUAUUUUAUUCAAUCGUUCAUUGAACAGGAAAAAAAAACUACGCCACUGCCUUGGCGAAAUCGAUUUUGUUUUACAACUCUCAAAGAUCUGGCAAACUACCGACCAACAACCCAAUACCAUGGAGAGGUAGGUCUAGAUAACUGGUGCACAUCAUGGAGAGGUAGGUCUAGAUAACUGGUGCACAUCAUGGAGAGGUAGGUCUAGAUAACUGGUGCACAUCGGAGAGGUAGGUCUAGAUAACUGGUGCACAUCAUGGAGAGGUAGGUCUAGAUAACUGGUGCACAUCGGAGAGAGGUAGGUCUAGAUAACUGGUGCACAUCAUGGAGAGGUAGGUCUAGAUAACUGGUGCACAUCGGAGAGGUAGGUCUAGAUAACUGGUGCACAUCAUGGAGAGGUAGGCCUAGAUAACUGGUGCACAUCAUGGAGAGGUAGGUCUAGAUAACUGGUGCACAUCGGAGAGUUAGGUCUAGAUAACUGGUGCACAUCGGAGAGGUAGGUCUAGAUAACUGGUGCACACCAUGGAGAGGCAGGUCUAGAUAACUGGUGCACAUCAUGGAGAGGUAGGUCUAGAUAACUGGUGCACACCAUGGAGAGGUAGGUCUAGAUAACUGGUGCACAUCAUGGAGAGGUAGGUAUAGAUAACAGGUGCACAUCAUGGAGAGGUAGGUCUAGAUAACUGGUGCACAUCAUGGAGAGGUAGGUCUAGAUAACUGGUGCACACCAUGGAGAGGUAGGUCUANCCGACGCUGGGAGUUGGAACUUGACAUGGUCGCCAGCGUCAUGCCAGCCGCCCACGACACAGUCGGUCAGACUUGAGUCUCCUGUAACAUUAGAGUAUAUUUAGUUCAGUGAACGUAAAGGUCAUCACCAUUGGGUCACGCCUAGUUAUCAGAACCUAUCACUCCAUGGUAUGCAAAAGUUAUCUAGACCUACCUCUAUGAUGUGCACCAGUUAUCUAGACCUACCUCUAUGAUGUGCACCAGUUAUCUAGACCUACCUCUAUGAUGUGCAACAGUUAUCUAGACCUACCUCUCCAUGAUGUGCACCAGUUAUCUAGACCUACCUCUCCAUGGUGUGCACAUCAUGGAGAGGUAGGUCUAGAUAACUGUUGCACAUCAUAGAGGUAGGUCUAGAUAACUGGUGCACAUCAUAGAGGUAGGUCUAGAUAACUGGUGCACAUCAUAGAGGUAGGUCUAGAUAACUUUUGCAUACCAUGGAGUGAUAGGUUCUGAUAACUAGGCGUGACCCAAUGGUGAUGACCUUUACGUUCACUGAACUAAAUAUACUCUAAUGUUACAGGAGACUCAAGUCUGACCGACUGUGUCGUGGGCGGCUGGCAUGACGCUGGCGACCAUGUCAAGUUCCAACUCCCAGCGUCGGCGUCCACGACUCUCCUGGCCUGGUCCCUGGUCCAGUUUAGCGCGGGCUACCAGAACGCCAGUCAGCUGACCGCCAUGUACGACAUGAUCAAAUGGCCACUGGACUACUUCCUUAAGGCGUGGAGCCCUUCCAAGUCGCAGCUUGUCGUGCAGGUGAGUCCUGGUUGAUAAACUGUAGACGCUGACUUCAGAGGUUACGUACAGUUAACUACGUGUCGUUCGUUAAUCGCUGAUGUUAAAGGUUAUGUCUUGUGUUGGCAUAUUUUCUGGGAUCCUCGCUCAAAGAUUUUAACGUAGUGACAUAUUUUAGCUUUGCUAUCGCAUGUCCUUUUUUUUUUUUUUUUUUUUUUUUUUUUUUUCUUCUUUAUUUUUUUUUUUUUUUUUUUUUUUAAAUUUUUCCACUCAAAUUUUUCUGCCCACCAAUGCCAUCAAAUGCUAAGUAAUAAUCGGUGAUCGAAAUUUCAAAUUACCGCAAUUCAUUCUGGGAAAAAAUAAUAAAUAAGGCAUGCAAAAAAAUUAACUCAGAAACGUAGAGCUUGCUUGCGGACACAUUUCUUCGGCGAAUAAAGAAAAACAAGUACUAAGGUGUACAUGACAUCUAACGUCAGCCAACACAAGUAGUUACAUUGUCGUAGAAUACACAGGAAAGUGACCUUGCUUGCAGUUAUAUUGAAGCAUGAGGUGAAGAUCCCAAACUUGCAGAGCUAUAGAUGCCCCAUGUAUUUUCUGGGUGUAUCACUAUAGUGUAGUUUUACGUUCCCUUUUGUUGGGGUCGGACAACAGUCUAAUCCAAUUAAGUAGUGUUCCAUUAAGGCUUGUAAAUAAAGUUUAUUAAAAUGGUUCACUUCAAAAUAUAGUGUCUGGGUGUAAUGAGAUUAACCUUUGGGCAAAAAACUAUAACAAUGAUUCUAAUUGGCUCCAUAGAAAACUACUCUGAAUACACAAAAAAGACAUUCAAAUGCAGUGAAAGUCAUGUUUAUCUUUCUAUAAACGCUCAGCAAAUUAUCUCAUAUAAUAUAAUAUAUUGCUUCCGGUGUGUCCUGCUUCCUUUUCGAAAACCGCCCUCCCCCAUCUCGACAUGUUUUAUAUUAAUGGUACUGAGUGGGGUCAAGUAUGGCGCGCGUAACGUGCGAACUCAGUAAACAAAAACUUUAUUUAGGUGGAUGCGACCAUUAUUCGGUGUUUUUUAUUGUUCGUGUUCCUCUGUCACACGGCGAGCAUAGUGCGUGACGUCUGAACGCCUUUAAAUAGUAUGCUCUCUCCGUUAAUUUGCGAGUGUUGUGUUGUCUUUGUUAUAAAAUGGACGACAGUAUCUUCUCUAUCGACGGGUUUUUGUACAACGUCAUCUCUGUUCCGAGAUUCGGCAACAGCCUGUGCCUAUAGGUGGGUGAUUCCUUGACACAAAUGGUUGACGAAGGCAAAGCAGUCUCGCUAUGACAUAGGGUAGUGCAACAAUGUUAUGUUAUUGAUAUAACAAUCCUUUGUGUAACAUUGUUAGCUAAUACUUAAGCUCAUUGUAAUAGAUGGCUUGCCGCUAUUAAGUGGAUAAUGAAUUCAUCUGAAUCUGUUCCUCUCUCACUCAAAAAGUAAUAACGUUUAAUGAAUAAUUUAUUCAGUAAUUUAUUACAUAAAAUUAGAUGAGUUGAAUUAUAAAUCUUGCUUUGGGUAUAUCCUAGUGACAAUGAUAGGAUGCAAUGAAUAAAUGCACACAUGUUCCACAUUAUUCCAUCAGAUAAUACUUUAAUAAUCCAUACGAGAAAUAAUUCAACAUGUCGGCCACCUUCCAGAAACAAGUGUGCUAUACCUUCUUACCCAUUAAACGUGUAUUCUAUAUCCGCUCUAGAAACUAGUUCCCGCUUUUUUUCGUAAUUCACAUCGUUCUGAUAAAAUUACUACGCCAUCAUGUCAUAAGAAUGAAUAUUGGGGUCGUGUGACAAAUCACAACCAACAUCACUCUUUUACAGGUAGCACAUUUCGUUGCAUAUUAUAGAAAAUGAAAAUGUAACUCUUUUUUUUCUUGUAACACUUGGACCCACCGGUUAUCUUCUCAAAAUACCCGGACCCGGUUUUUUAAAAAAAAAACACUUAACACCGCUUAAUCCCAAGUACUUAAUUGUCUUUAUUAAACCAGAUUUUGUCUUAACCAAAUUCAUCCUUUGUACAAAGUAAUCAAUGAGAAAUGACCCAUACCUUUAUAAGGUUGGCGAUGGUGGCGCUGAUCACGCCUACUGGGGCAGACCAGAAGAUAUGACGAUGGCCCGACCCUGCAAGACGGUCAGCGCAGCCACGAAAGGAAGUGACCAGGCCGCCGGGACGGCAGCGGCGCUGGCCGCCGGAUCCAUCGCCUUCAAGACCAAGGGGGACACGGCAUACGCCACGUCACUGCUGGACGCCGCCAAAACUCUCUACACCUUCGCCAAAGCAAACAGGUGAGUAUUUGACAUACAGUAUAUACAGUUUCUUUGUAAGAUUUAGAUCAGUUACGAUUAGGUGAAGUGAAAUGAAAAAAAACACAGAAUAUAUGAGAUAAGGUUAUUUAUAUAUAAAUAAUUUAUAUAUAUAUAUAUAUAUAUAUAUAUAUAAUAUAUUAUAUAUAUAUAUGAAUGUAUAUAUAUAUAUAUUUAUUUAUUUAUAUAUAUAUAUAUAUAUAUAUAUAUAUAUAUAUUAAUUAAUUUAUUUAUAUAAAUAAAUAAGUUCAGAUAAGAUGAAGUGAACAAGAUAAGAUGAGAUUAGACCGAAUACGAUCCACUUAUUGAUCUAGACAACAUGACAUUUUUUUGUCAAUACAUCUACCUUGUACGAUUCGUUUUCAUCCUAUUAGACACACACAGGAACAUUAAAAUGUUUCUAAAUUAAAGCUUUUUAGAAAAUAAUUUCAUAUCAGAAAAUUCUUACAUUUCCAAUUAUAACAUAAUCCCAAUGCAAACUUACAUGGAAUAAAAGUGUUUUAAAAAAUCUCAAAGCUCCCCGAAUUAUCUUGAAGACUUUUAAUCUGCUUAAACUAUUUCCAGGCGAUGUCAAUAACUGUCAGUUUGUAUGCUUAUAUGGUGUUAAAUCUUCCGUCUCUCGUAUCAGGAGCGUCUUAUAUGCUAAUCAAUCUUCCGUCUCUCGUAUCAGGAGCGUCUUACAUGCUAAUCAAUCUUCCGUCUCUCGUAUCAGGGGCGUGUUCACCGGAAGCGCCGAGUUCUACAGCUCUAGCGGGGACAGAGAUGAAAUGUGCGAGGCCGCUGUUUGGCUGUACAAGGCCUCCGGAACAGCUUCCUACCUCACCGACGCCAGGAGCUUUGUGGAGACGACCACGGCCUACGCCCUCAGCUGGGACGACAAGAAGGCCGCAUGUCAAGGUAAUUGAGACCCCUCGACUAUUUUCGAUAAUUUCUUGGCUCAUAGCUUAUAGUUUUUGUUGGGUUUUUUCAGAUUUUCAGAAAAAAUUUCUUGGAGUUUUUCAGUUGUUACAAAAAAAUAAUAGUCGUAAAACCUAAGUAAAACACGCAGGUCACCCAGAGUCUCGGGUUGCCAAACACCGUUUCAGGGCAUGGUCUAUGGCCAUGUCCCGAAGGUCGUCAAUGAACGCUUUCCAGAACUCAACCUCAGAGCUUUACAGGCCGUGCGAAGCGACACGUUGUUAUCAGGGCUGCUACACCUUGGGAAAUUUCCCAAUAUCUUGUGAAUUCAGUACCCCAUUCAGGGCCAAAACUCACUUUUUUUUUUUUAAUUCCCAAAAUCCUUUUUUAAAAAGCUCUUAUAUAUUUUCAUGAUCUUGGGAAAUGUUUUGACUAAAUCUUGGGAAUAAAAAAAAAAUUGAGUUGCAGCCCUGGUUGUUAUGUGUCGCUGCAGAGAGUAGGUCGUUUCGUCUCGUGAUAAACCUCGGAACCCCACUGAGUAUGUGAGGAAUUAUAAUCUCGAUACUAUUGAUAAUGUGGCUUGUUGUAAUCGAAUCGAUGUUAAAGGUAUCAAUGUUAAAGGUAUCGAUGUUAUAAGUAUCAAUGUUAUUACUAUCGAUGUUAUUAGUAUCGAUGUUAUUAGUAUCGAUGUUAUUAGUAUCGAUGUUAUUAUUAUCCAUGUUAUUAUUAUCGAUUGUUAAAGGUAUCGAUGCUAUAAGUAUCGAUGUUAUUACUAUCGAUGUUAUUAGUAUUGAUGUUAUUAGUAUCGAUGUUAUUAUUAUCGAUGUUAUUAUUAUCGAUAUUAUAAGUAUCGAUGUUACUGAUGUCGAUGUUAUUGGUGUCGAUUUUAUUGGUCUAGAUGUUAUUAGUAUCGAUGUUAUUGGCAUUGAUAUUAUUGGCAUCGGUGUUAUUGGCAUCGGUGUUAUUAGUAAUCUUUUAAAACGUUCGCUGUUGUCCAACUAUCGCCCUGCCAUUUCCAGCCCUCCUGUACGGCGUGACCAAAGAAGCACAGUACCAGACCCCGGUGGUGAACUUCUUCAACGCCUGGCUGCCCGGCGGUAGUGUCCAGUACACGCCCUGUGGUCUGGCGUGGAGAGAUCAGUGGGGCGCGACCAGGUGAGAGGGCACUGUUAUCACACCAAUUUAACCAUGCCCGGAUAUAUGUUGAUUUUUGUCAUGAUACUUGUCGAAGUAUGUUCAAUAACUUUUGGGGAAAAAAUUGUAACAAUAUAGAAGUUGUAGUAGUAUGGUAGUAAUAUGGUAGCAAUAUGGUAGCAUUGUGGUAGUAAAUUGGUAGCGAUAUGCUAGUAAUAUGGUAUCAAUAUGUUAGUAUUAUGAUAGCUAUCAAGCCACAUAUACGUUGGUAGCUUAGUUAAAAAAUGAAUGUACUUUUGAUAACGCAGUUGUUUCUAUCGACAGAUACGCGGCAAAUGCAGCUUUCCUGGCCCUCGCGGCUGCAGACUUUGGCAUCGACGCCGCCAAAUACCGCAAGUGGGGUGUGGAACAGAUCAACUACAUCCUUGGGGACAACAAAUACAGCGGCGGCUGCUACAGCUUUGAAAUAGGUCAAUGGCGGUUGUUGUUGUCUUAAUGUGUGCUCUUGUUGUUGUCCCUUUCUGUUUCCCAGCUAAAAAAAACAGCAUGAAAACGGUCACAUCAAUAAAAUGUGUUAUUACUUUCUAGUUUAAUAUAAACAAUUAUACAAUUUAAAAACUACUUUAAAUAUAAAAUAAAAACCAAAUGGACGAUUGACAUUCUCACAGUUUUCAUUAUUAAAAAGAAAAAAAAAGAAAAGAAGAAGCAUUUUGUCUAUAAUUCCCUCCAAUACUUUUUACAAUAGCCGGAUAGAAACUUAACAAUAGGUCACUUAGAUUUUGUUUUAGAAAUCUUUGAAUUUUAACUUAUUUCAAAUGGUUAGCCAAGAUGACGAUUUUGAAACGAAUAAUUCUUUGAUGAAAUAAAUAGAGCUUUCACAGAGUGGAAUAUAAACUGUUAAAUUCGGGUCUGUUCCCGACUUGCAUGGACGCAGCAAAGGUGUGGGGGGGGGGCAGCAAACCCAAUGUCCGCCCUGGGCGGCACAAGGCCUCGCUCCACCACUGUCUCCCUGAUGCUAAAGAGACAGGGUGAAUGAUUAGAACACAUCAUGAUUUUAACAUUUCCUUGGAAAUUGUUUUAAAAUGUUAUCAUUACUCAAAAUUACCUUUUUUUCCCUUUUCAUUUUUUACUAUGCGACUGUUAGCAAACAAGUAAUUUAACAUAACUCCAAAAAAACUACUAAUAAGCUUUCUUCAUACGCUUAAAAUAUAACAUCAAGUUACGAGGAAGCUUGAAAUAGACAUGACAAUAAAAGAAGACUAUGUCGGCUAAGAGCCUUCCCUCCGCAUACAGGACAAAUAAAGAAAUAACAAGAAAUAGAAAGUAUUUUUUUUUUAAACAACGUGAAGUGCUCUCACCAUAUUCACUUGAUAGCCGCAGUCCUUCAUUUAUUUUCUUUUAUUACGCCUCCAGGUUACGGGACCAAAUACCCCAAAAACCCCCACCACAGGGCCUCCUCGUGCCCCAACAAGCCGGCGGCCUGCGGUUGGAACGAGUACAACGCCCAGACCAACAACCCACAGGUCCUGAACGGCGCCCUGGUCGGGGGGCCUGACGUCAACGACAACUACGAGGACAAGAGAAGCGACUACAUCAAGAACGAGGUCGCCCUGGAUUACAACGCUGGCUUCCAGGCUGCCUUGGCCGCCAUCAACAGUCUGGUGGCCAAAAACGCACUUCCGGCAACGGCCAACAAGUGCCCGUGUCCGUAAACACACACCAAAAAAAAAAAAUCUGGCUAUGUCGUGCCAUGAAUUCUGAAGUGAAAAGGCCUUCAUUUUUUUUUUUUUUAAUUGUUUAUUUUUAUUUCUUUCGUAUCGGUAAAAUUAUUGAAGAUUUUAUUAUUUCUGCCUUGGCCGCCAUCAACCGUCUGGUGGCCAAAAACGCCCUUCCGGCAACGGCCAACAAGUGCCCGUGUCCGUAAACACACACCAAAAAAAAAAAUCUGGCUAUGUCGUGCCAUGAAUUCUGAAGUGAAAAGGCCUUCAUUUUUUUUUUUUUUAAUUGUUUAAUUUGAUUUCUUGCGUAUCGGUAAAAUUAAUGAAGAUUUUAUUAUUGUGUUUCCUUAACAUAGAUGUGUCGAAACGAUGGUGUCAAAAUUUAAGGUUUUGCGGUUUAAUUGUGAAACCUGUCAGUGGAAACGCUAAAUAAAUUUCAAUUUA